AUUGGAUUGAGAGAGAAACAUACAGAGAGAGAGAGAGAGAUUGAUGGCUUGUGUUGCAUUGACUUCUCUGAUGGGUACCAUUGAGCUUGAAUUUUUGCAUCCCAACCACAGAAUGUCUCUUUGUCUUGACGAUGAAAAGCUAUUGAAAUCUGUGUUUGAGAAGCUUUCUUCUAUGGAAGCCUUUCUGAAGGAAGAAUACAACAACGCUGUGAGUAGUGGUGCUCCAAUCCGACGACAUCUGCUAAACAAAAUAAGAGACUUUGCACUCAAAGCUGAAGAUGCCAUCGAAAUACAACUCACAAACAUCCUUCAACUUCAACAAAAAGAUCAUGAAGGGGAACUCCAUCUCCAUCUCCAUCGAACCUUGCAACAAGUAGCAAAGGAGGCAGAAGAGUUGCUAAAGGUUAUCAACAAUCAAGUUGAAGUGGCCAACCAUGAUUCUCUUCCCUUGAUUGGUUGGUCAGAAGCUGCAGCUUCGCACCCUCACAACAUUAUUGAGAAGGAGGGUGGAUCCUUGCAAUGCUCUCCACAGUUGGAGGAGGAGGAUACAUUAAUGCUUGGUCGUAAUUACUAUUACUUUGCAUUGAUGAGGAUUAAUCUCCUUAAUAGCUUAUCUCGAAGUGUACUCACAAUUGUUGGAGCCCCGGGCAUUGGAAAGACUACUUUUUGUAAAAAACUGUAUACAGACAGUGAGGUUGUAUCACAUUUUGAAAUUCAAGCUUGGAUUACUAUCCCGCCAAGAUACAAUGGGGAUGUGCAACAACUACUGUGUCACCUUCUUCAAUCAAUGAGGCCAACCCCCCUCAAUCAAGAAAUUGACAUGCAGGGAAGCACUGUUUCUCAACUAAAAGACCAACUGCACAAACACUUGAAAAAAUGCAAAAGAUAUUUAAUUGUUUUGGAUGAUGUCCCUAACACUCUGCUUUGGGAUGAUAUCCGCCAAUGUUUUCCGGAUGACAAAAAUGGAAGUGGGAUAUUGCUAACCACUCUUUUCACGGAUGUGGCUGAGUACAUCACCAAAAGAUGGAAUAUAAAAACCCUGUUUUACCUAAGGGACAAUGAGAGUUGGAAUCUAUUUUCCAACAGAUUUUCUCUUAAACAUCAUAUGACACCUAAAUUUGAAGAAAUUGCGAAGCAUCUUGUUGAGGAAUGCAGAGGAUUGCCGCGCUCAAUCGUUACAGUUGCAGACCGUCUAUCUAAAUGCAACUACACAUUGAAGGAAUGGAAGAAAAUCGAGAAAGAAUUACUGUCAUUGGGAAUUCUACAUAGAGAUACGCAGCACUCAAUGUCGGGGGCGUCAGGUUGCAGAAAUCGUAUCAUCAUUCUGGAGAAUUUUGAGGAUUUAUUGAGGUUGGAGGCUCUAACGGUUAUGAUUCCAGUUGGUAGUAUAACCCUUUUAGAGCGGGUUGGUUUUCCUGCAAAAUUGAAGUCGUUGAGGUUGAGUGGGACUAAUUUUCCAGUGAAGGUUUUAAAGGUAAUUGGACAGUUACCGAAGCUUAAGGUGCUGAAACUAGAGAAUGCUUUCUAUGGCAGGGUGUGGGAAGUGGUUGAAGGAGGAUUCCCAAAAUUAAUUCAUUUGGAGGUUGAAUCCAGAAAUCUUGAGCGAUGGGUGGCUAAUACUAGUAAUUUUUUCCCAAAUCUGGUGCACAUAUUAUUAAAACGUUGUUAUUCUCUAGAAGAGAUCCCUCCUGUAAAUGCAAAGCACCGGCUGUAUUCAAUUAAGUUGGAGCAAUGUCCACCUUCUGUCGUCACUUCUGCCAAGAGGUAUCAAGAAGAGAUAGCGCACAACAAACCGUGGGUACCUUUCAUUGUUGUUGAUGACAAGAAUUUGCAUCUUGUUGAUAUUGCAGCUUGUUGGGGAGGCGAGAUUGGGGUUCUUUGUUAUAGGCCUCAGCUAUUCACAAUCCGUACAAAGCGAUUGAGUCAGCUUCUGCGUAUGAACCGUACUGCAUUUAUGAAUAUUAUUCAGGCUAAUGUUGACGAUGGAACCAUAAUCAUGAACAAUUUGUUUCAGCAUCUAAAGGACAUGAGGGAUCCAAUUAUGGAAGGAGUUCUCUUAGAGACAGAGAACAUGUUAGCCCAUGGAAGAAUGGACCUUCCUCUUACCCUCUGCUUCGCCACGCUCAGAGGAGACGAUCUGCUAUUGCAUUACUUGUUGAAGCGUGGCCUCGAUCCAAAUGAAUCCGACAACAACGGGAGAACAGCUCUCCAUAUAGCAGCAGUUAAAGGAUAUGAAAAUUGUGUUCUUCUUCUUCUAGACUGUGGAGCUGAUCCCAACAGCAGAGAUUCUGAAGGGAGUGUGCCAUUGUGGGAGGCCAUCUUGGGCGAACAUGAAUCAGUGACCAAGCUAUUGGCAGACAAGGAGUUAAAUUAUCCUCGGGUGAUGUAGGUCAAUUCGGGUGCACUGCAGCCAAGCAGAACAACCUGGAACUACUCAGAGAGAUUCUUCAUCACGGUGGGGAUGUAACGCUCCUUAGAAGCAAUGGUUCGACAAGAAUAACAUUGAUAAGUUUAAGGCCAAAGGAAUUGACUCGGUGAUCUGUGUAGCUGUCAAGGACCCAUAUACGAU